AUGCCGACAGCACUAUCGAGGGCUAUGGCGCUCAAGAAGGCCGGCACACUCCCUACCAUUGGAUCGGUGCUGGUUAGUGCCGGUUCCGGUUUUGACGAAUGCGAGCUCUGUGCAUGCUAUGCACACUUUACGUGCCCUAAACUCUCCGGAGACCGGGCCCAGAUAUCUUCGUCACAGCUUGAUCUUGAUGCAAACGACAUGAUUCAGUGGCAGUCACUUGCAGAUUCGCAGAUAGAGUCCCCUCUCGACUUCCAAGACAGGUAUGUUGCAUUCUAUGGUGCUGAUACUAAAUUGGACGACGAUACCAUCUUAGAUACAGGAAGUCCUAUGAGAGAAGAAGACGAUGAAACCACAGCCAUGAGCGAGCUUAGCGAUGAAGAUCUGCGAGAGGCGCUCAUCUUGGCCAAUAACCGUAUCGGCACAAAUUUCAACAUCCAAGAGAUCGAAGAUGAAAUCCCUCUGGCGGUCUUGCGCAGAGGUACCAAAACCCAGCUCGCAGAUAUAUUGACGCAAUUGUGUACCAGGAAGGCGUCCGAGAGCGAUGAGGACGAUGGAAGAGAGGCACCAAAAACCCUCCCACCCAUUGCCAAACAAAAUCUCAUCCUCACCUACUUGCACAACUCUCGCACGGCCCACUCGAUCAAAGAGCUCGAGAAAGCUCUCCCGUCUGUCGCCUCCAUCAAUGGCAUGCAAGUCAAAGACUACCUCCAAGCCCUAAGCGACGAAGGCAAGAUCCGAGUAGAGAAAAUUGGCAGUGGGAACUGGUACUGGAGCUUCCUAUCCGAGGAGAAAAAAAGCCGUGACAAUGUGUUGGGGAUGCUGAAAGAAGAAUUGGCGAAGGUCGAGGCUUCGCUGGGAGAGUUGGAAGAGAAGCUUAGGGAGGCGAAUGAGAAGAGGGGGGAGGAUGAUGAGGGUAGGGGGGAAUUAGUCAGUGCAAAGCUGGACUUGGACGGGGAGGUUGGAGUAUUGAGGAAAGAAUUGGAGGGUUACAAGGAUGGUGAUCCCAGAGAGGUGGAGACGAGGCGAAAAGAAGUUAAGGCCUUACAUGCUAGGGCGGAGUUGUGGACGGAUAACAUUGGAGUACUGGAGGGUUAUAUGUUGAAUUUGAUGGGUGGGGAUAAAGAGAAGUUGGUUGGGAUGAAGAGCGAGCUUUACGGAGACGAGUACGUCGAAGGAGAGGGACUGAAGGAACUAUAG